AAGCAUUUGUAUUCGUCCUAGUUAUCUCUGAAGAAUGACAAAGAAGUUGUGCCCAACAUGUGCUAAGAAGCGACGUGUUGAUUUCGAACAUGCUUCGAAAUUUAUUUCCAAAGUGAAUGUUCGAUUUCGACGUGCUCGUCAUCGCCAUGUAUAUACAAAGUUUUUAGAGACACUGAUAAUGUAUAUGGAUGGAGAAAACACUAUUGAUGGUGUUUGCAAAGAGGUUUAUUCACUCUUUGAAGGCCAUGAUGAUCUCAUUGAUGGGUUUAAUGAUUUUCUUCCAUAGUGUGGCUAGAGAUAUGUAUGAGCUAUUAUUAUAGAAUAAAUAAAUAUGGCAAUUGUGGUAAUCUAAGACAACAAUUGUGGGAUAUAUGAUCUAUAGUUUUUAGAUACAAUUUCAAUGUUUUUAAUUUGCAAGAUUUGAUAAGCAUUUGUUUCAAUGAGAUUUGAAUAUCUAUUAGUUUGUUAAGA